GAAAAUAUGAUACAAUAAAUCACCGUUUAAAUUAUCCACUUUAUUAUAGAGCCAACUUUCUGUUGUAGAGAUAAGAAACCGGUUAAAAAAACGACCCAUAUUUUAAAACAAAGACAAAUAUCUGAUGUCACAAUCCACGGCAUAAAACUACAGCCUGUGACAAUAGGCCGUUGCAGGAGAGUUCAACGACCUGGCGGUGAGACACAAGUUUGCCCUGCUGUCAGCUUUUUCCUCCAUAAACGUUUCUUCAUCCUUGAUCGUUGACUGAAGUCAUCAUUCUCAGCGAUGAUUGGGAGGCGGUGAGCGGUGGGCAGUAUAUAAACACAGAAGCGUCUGGGUUUCGCUACCUUCCCUUUCCCUCAGCUUGCCUCAUCACCUCCUAACACACCAGCACCAAGAUGGCCUUCGCUGGACGAUGGGAAACUGAAUCCCAGGAGGGCUAUGAUGACUUUUGCAAACUCCUCGGUAUCCCUGCUGACAUCAUUGAGAAGGGCCGUGACUACAAACUGAUCACAGAGGUGACCCAGGCAGGAAACGACUUCACCUGGACUCAGAUCUAUCCCACAAAUGCUAAGGUUGCCAACAAAUUUACAGUUGGCAAGGAAAGCGAAAUGGAGACCAUCGGAGGAAAGAAAUUCAAGGCCACCGUGCAAAUGGAGGGAGGCAAGCUGAGUGUUAACUUUCCCAACUACCACCACACCUCUGAGAUCAGUGGAGGAAAGCUCAUUGAGACCUCCACAGCUGGGUCUGUUGUGCUUAAAAGAACCAGCAAGAAGCUCUAACUGCAAUAUGAUCCUUGACUACAUGUGUAGUUGGAGACUACAUUUAUUGCAAUAAAUAAUGUUUGACAUUA